AUGUUCCCAAACCUACAGAGCUUGUCCGAAGAGGACGAAUAUAAGGAUAACCCGGCACCUUCCGGCCGGCGGCGGUCGUCUGUGGUUCCACCUAGCCUGCAGUUCCUCGUCGAUCAGGACUCACAGCAAGCUAGUAAUGAGCCAGCCGAGUGGGAAAAGUCAUGGGAUCAAACGACUGGCAACCCGGAGCUUUGUGAUUUCUUGGAUCGAGUCUCCUCUAGAGAUCCAACCGAUCCGGACCGACAGGGUGGGGACAGAAUGCGAAGGGGUUCCUGA